AUGAACGUAUUCAGCUCCUCGCCCGAGUUUUUAUCCCGAGAAAUGCAACAACUGAGCGAGCUGCGGUACUCGUGGGCCAGUGUACAGCAUCAGCGCGAAACACUACAGAGCAUAUACGAUGCUCACUCGGAACUCGUGAAGAGCGUUGCUAACAACUCGAUACGAUACUCGCCAGUCUUUCACCUGGAAGAUUUCUUUGAUCGAUAUGCCAACAUUGGUGGACCAGGAGGACAGUCGUUUAGUUUCGAUGCAGCCAACUUGAGUCUGGCCGAUGUAAUAGUGGACUUCACGACCGAUACAUAUCCUGGACACGAUUUGUAUGCGCCUCGACUCACUGGUCCUAGCAGUGGUAACGGCUCAUCACUCAGCAGGCCGAACCUCAAAAGGAAGAACACUGCUCCAUCAGGAAGGAAACGACCCGACAUCAAGAGUCUAUUAUCCAUCACCGGGAAUGGGAACUUCGGUACCGGCCUCCCUACACCAUCACAUCCACACACCGCAACAUUCCCCAUGUCCUCGUUAGGCGGCCUUCAACCAUCACCCGGGAUACCUCAGACCUCAUCAUUAGCACAACAACAUGACCUCCAACAUGAACGAGCGCAAUUCCACUCGAUGCUAGGCUCCCUAACUGACACCAACAUCGGGUCCUCAAACACCAACAACUUCUCCUCUCUCACCUCAAACCACAACAACAACACAAACAACCACCAACCACGCUCCCACUCCAUAGCUCUAGGCCAAGGCCAAGGCAUAUCCUCCCUCUCCAACCUCGCCCCAUCAGGCUUCAGUCCCCAACUAAAUUUCACCAACCUCCAACAACGUCCAUCUACUCCCGGCCCUAGCACCACCCAUCAUCACCAUUUCGACCCCAUGUUCGGCGACCUACCCACCAAUGCCUUUUCCAGCCCAGCGCCUUGGAAUCCAGACGACAACAACACUCCCGGACCUCAUAACCGAAACCCAGUCGGUGGUGGUAUCGGUGAUACAAAGGGUGAUGAAAAUAACAAGCCAACGCCAAGUGAUAUCGGAAGCACAGGUACAGAGGAAAAGGAUCCCUUUUUGAGUCUGCUGGAACAGUUGGCGGAGAAUGAAUCGUUAAUGGGAGGAGGAGGGGGGUUGGGGAGUGAGUUGGAUGGGCUGGAUUUCUUUCUUGGAACGGUGGGGAUGGGAGGGUUGGCGUCUGGGUCUGGCUCGGGGGGUGGGGUUAGUGCGGGAAGUGGAAGUGGAAGUGGAGGAGGUGGUGGUGGUGGUGGCGGUGGAUGA